AGCUUUCAUUUGAGUUCGCAGCUUAUCAGGUGACGGGUCGGUGGUUGUUUGUUUUCAAGUGUUCUCGCUCUUCUCUUCGUUCAACCGCCAAACGUUUAAAUAAUAACACGUAUACGUCGUGUUCGCCAGUGGGGCAGGUGCAACUGCAUGUGAAUUGUUCAAAAACUCACAUUGGAAUUUAUUAAAACAAAACAAACAAACAACAACAGCAAUGCGCGUAAAGUUCGUUCUGUUCACGCUGAUCCUCGCCAGCUGCCUGCUGAGCGGAAUCCGAGCGCACUGCUCGCUGGACACGAUGAAGGCGUUCGCGAUGGAGGCGUGCGAGCGCCUCUUCCAGAGGGACGAGGGCCGGGAGCGGCGCUCCAUAGACUACGGCGAUCAUCAUGCGAAUAAAGUGUCGCAUGAGAAAAUGCACAAGGGUCAGCAUUAUGUCGGACGCAGCAGCUAUCCGCACGGCGGCUACCUGAAGGUCAGCGAGCAGCACUUCCAUCGCCUCAUCGGCAUGGACGUGCUGCCACGCUACAAGCCACGCAAGCAGCACCAGCUCAAGAAGCUGCGACCCAAGCGGAACAGCUCCGCCAAAAACUACAGCAACAUCUCCUACUGCUGCUACCAUCAAUGCAACGACGACUUCUUCUGCUGAGCCCCCCCGAGAAGCCACGGAGGAGUAGCAUCCUACCCCAGGAAUAGUCAGCAACUGUUUCCGUCCCUAGCAUUAGAUAUAUAUAUGUAUAUAUAUAUAUAUAUAUGUAUUGAAUUAUCGUAUUUGUAACGCGCUCAACUCUUAUAGAGUAGGUACCUUAAUUUGUUACCCUGGCGGCGGGCUAGGGCCAGCAGAUCUUGUCACAGUAUUACACCGUAGAAAAAUGCUUAAAGUAUUUAGUUGAAUAAGCUCCUAGAUCGUAAGACCUAAUAUCAAAUACAACAUUUGUCUCCAUAUAAAAAAAA